AUGAAGCGUUUUGAGCGAAGAGUCGCCAUUGUUACGGGCUCAAGCAAUGGUAUCGGCCGAGCGAUAGCCGUGCUCCUUGCCCAAGACGGAGCCUCGGUGGUGGUUACAGGAAGGGAUGAGAUGGCUUUGAAGGAAACCCUCACAGAGUGCGUGAAUGCCGGGGUGAAUAGCGAGCGAAUUCUUAUCGUCCAAGGCGACAUCACCAAGGAUGAAUUUCGCAAGAAACUGGUCAACGACACCCUCAACUCCUUCGGGAAAUUGGAUAUUUUGGUGAACAACGCGGGCGCUCUCGACAAGGACAAUUGCGGCAAGGGGCCCGGCUUCCAGAAUCAAGACAUCGACAGCUACGACUACAUUAUGGCCCUAAAUCUAAGGAGUAUCGUUUCUCUGCUCUAUCUAUGUCUACCGCACCUCGAAUCGACAAAAGGCGACGUGGUGAACAUCUCAUCCAUCGGCGGACUGCAAGGAGCGAUGCCUAACUUCCCCUUCUACUCAACGUCGAAAGCAGCCCUUUGUCAGUUGACUCGAUCCCUUGCCUAUGAAUACAUUCCGAAGGGUGUUCGCUUCAACACAGUCUGCCCUGGCCUGGUCGCCACGAAAAUUCUCCAAAAGCAGGGCUUACCCGAGGAGCUCUCAAGGAAGCUAGAGCAUAGCAUGGAGCAAAACCCGAUGAACAUCCCGGGUGGUUUCGUCGGAACACCCGAGGACAUCGCCAACGUGGUCGCCUUCUUGGCGGAUCGGAAAACCUCCCGCUACAUCAUUGGCUCAACGAUCGUCGUUGACGGUGGUUCGCACAUUGUGAUGCCGCUCGUCACCGGCAAUUUUCAUGAUCACAUG